UGUACGGCGACGCCUCCACCCCAUCAUCCGCCGACGCCCAAGUGACUAAGUCAGGAAGACAGACGGCCACGACGCUUAUCUCUCGCUCCCUUACGCCGCUUCGAUCAUUCUUGUGCCCCUCCUUUGCCUUUGACUUCGCAUGCUUGCAGAUAUUCGCGCUCGGGAAAUCACACCCCACCCCACGCUCCACCGGCGCUCGACCGAAGACAUCGUCCCAGGGCCAGUCGUCGUCGAUGGCCAACACCAACGAAGCAGCGACUAUUCGUUGCUGCACCGCAGCAGACACAGUGAAGACCAUGACGUGAAGUCGUCGUUGCCUACCACGUCGUCGAAGUCGACUUUACAGCACGUCGUCAAGCCACCUGACACCAUCACAUUCUUCCUCUCCGUUACAGACCUCAACUUGCAAGCUUCGAAGAGUGCAACAGACCAGUUGCUCCGCGGCGCCAUGUCAUUCUUUGGUGGCAAGAAGUACGCCGCGCCGAGUCCUUCCAAAGGCCACGUCCCCCAGAGCCUCGUCCACAUCGACCUCCAAAGUCGACUGCGGGAGACGCUGCCGUUCCAGACCGAGAAGAUUCGCAGUCCAAACCCGUCGUACUCGCUGGGAAUCUCGAUUCCAGUCGUAUCGCACGAAGUGUCGUCGCAAGUUCUGUGCUUCAGCGUGGUCCUCACGGAGGAAGGCAACGGGAAGACCGUGGCAUAUGCCGAACUCGCGAUGAAAGAUCUCGUGCGCAAGUUUGUGCACGGCACAUCCGCAAAGAUCCAUCUCCCACUCAAGCUGCUCACGACGUCCAACACGUCGAAAAACGCGGUCAAGAAGGUGGCCCCCGUGUUGACUGUCAAGUUUGCUCGAGUCGUACCGCAGAAGCACGUCCUGUUUGGCACCGAGGACAAUAUGAUGCGAGCCUAUGCCUUUUACAACGGCGAGUACUCGACACCUGUAAUUGCGACCGAGGAAGCCGAGGCAGUCGACAGCCACGCGAGCGUCCCGGCUCAGUUUCUCAAAGAGAUGGUCGGCGAGUUGCAAGCGAGCCUCGACUUGUGGCAACUUCGGUACGAAACCAAAACUCCCCGGACGAACGAGCGUCCCAACAGUCUGUUUCGGUGCCACGACCCUGGCAUGGACCGCGUGCUCCAGGAUCUGCAUCCGCCACAGGACAUGCUGUACGCAUCGGGGUUCCUCGAAUCCCACCUCAUGGCGCUCGAGGCUCAAGUGGCUGAGGCGCGCGAGAUGAUGGGCCUUGCCCAGCUCCUGGACGAGAACCACGUGCUGUUCAAGGCGAGCACGGCCAAGGAGAAGCGCGACACACAAGCGAUGCCAACCAACUUGUGUCUGUCGACGUUUCGACUGUACACGAGCCAGGACGCAACGCCGCUGCAGCGCAUGCGGUCCAUGUCGAUGGAUUUGAACGACUCGACUUCGGCAUUCAUCAACCCACCCGAUACACCCACACAGACCACGCCAAGCAAUCGACGCGGCGCCAAACUCUCCACGCUCCAGGACGAGCUCCGGCAACAGCGCAAGAAAGAGCGAUCUGUCUCGAUUGACUUCACCUCGACCGGGCCGAGUCGACCUGAAGUCGGCGCGUUGGUCGUCGACUCGGCCGUCAGAAUCGUGUCGUGCGCGACCCCCUCGGCAGACGCCCUCCCAGACCAAACUCCGAUCGUCGGCCUCCGGGACCUUGAAGACGAGUUAGUUCAAGUUGCGACACAGCUCCGCCAUUUGCUCCAAAUGGAAGUGAUUCCGCCGCCGGGGGCCGAAGGAAGCAGUGCCUCAUCGUCGUCGUUACUGAUGAGCGGUCGUAAAUCGGACAUUUUGAGCCUCGAUGACGCUGUCACAACGUCCACCACCAUGGACGAAAAUCGAUCGAGUUCGCAUGGGUCGAGUGGCGACAGCGGGCUCAAGGACGACGAUUCGUCGACGGUCGGCAGCGACACAAGCACCAGCGUCUUGACCCGGUCAGCCCGACGGGGAUUGCAGCUCUCUGCAUCGUUCGACGCAACCGCCAAGCGCAUGUCCAAGGUCCGGAGCGACUCGAUCGACUGGGUGAAAUCCCGCGUCCGGACAGAAUCGAUGGAAUGGGGCCGGUCGUCGCGGGACUUGACGGGAGAUUCCCCUGCGGCGGCGGCUGCCCAAACGGCGGCGCUGUGGACGAAAUGGGAACAGACGAAAGCAACGUAUGUGUUUCGAAAGGUCGUAUGUGUGUCGCAAAGUGUCACGGUGCUCGUGGCGGCGUUCCUCGCCAAGCUCGAGUCGGUCGUGGAUGUCCCGAUGGAGUUGGAGCAGCUCGCUCGCAUCGGGUUCCUCGUCGGGUGGGAGUGCAUUCUGUUUGCGCAAGGAAAGGAGCAGCGCAUGCUCUCCGACACGUUCGUCGCUGUCAAGGCCCUCGACAUGUACUCGAUUACGUUGGUCCCGGAAGGCACGACCGCAGCACGGGUUUCGUUCCCGACCCCGACCACGAUCCAAGUCGUCGUGCCGCUAUUGAUCUACCACAAGCUGCCGCGACGUCUGCAGCACGCUAAGAUUCAAGUUCACACCGUCAUAUUCACCCAAGGGCUGCAUGAAAUGCAGAACUUGGCGAGUCUUGUCAACUCGUCGGGGUUUCAGCUGCAGGGAGUGGUGAAUCGCGAUAGUUUCCAAGCGCUGCAGCGGUACCACCGCGCAUUUUUGGACAUGCAGAAAGAAAUGGAUGUCCACAUGCGCCAUCGCCUCAACAAUGAGACGAUGCUCGAUUCGCUCAUGCCCCUCGUCGGGCGCAAUGCCAAGUACAACAAAGCGCUCAACACGUCGACCAACACGCUUAUGCUGCUAGAAGCAGCCGACAUCGUGCGCAAGUUGAACGGGAUGCGAGUCACGUGCUGUCCCACCGGCGUCGACCAUACCGCCCUGUCGGCGACCCUGGAGCAGGCACGAUUGCUCUACUCGAAGCGGUCCGCCAACUCGAACGCUAGCACGGAAGACCAAGAAGUUAUCAAGCCGAUCGCUAACAUCAUGCGCGAGUACGGCGUGCGCAUCGCGAUCGCUAUGAAAAACACUGGUCGCUUCGAGUACGCGUUCAACUCGAUCCAGCGAAAACUCUUGCCCGACGUGUACCGCCCGCCUACGUCCACGAUUCAAGAAAUGACGUCCGCGUUCUUUUGAGUACUGCAAGGAGGCCCCCACUCCCCCUGCCGCGCGGCGCGCACCCGCGCAGAUCAUCGCGCAUACUUCCUGCCACCACCGUCUAAAAUCAUAUCGUAUUGCUUUCGGCCACCAACGAUAAUCGAAGUCCGACUGACGCUGAA